AUGCUUAAGACGGCAAGAAGGUACGAUGCCAAGUCAGACACUUUUCUGCUGGGCAACAAUACGACAAAUUGGGCGUACAGUCGGCAUGCCUAUAAACAGGCCGGCAUGGGGUCAGCAACAGAUGCUGUCUUCGAGUUCGCCAAAUCGCUUGAAAAGAUGAAGAUCGACGACGCCGAGUUCGCCUUCUUGAGUGCCAUCAGCGUCUUCUCAGAACGACCCGGCUUGAUAGAAGUGAAGAAAGUCGAAGACAUACAGGAGAUAUACACAGCCGCUUUGCAGGCGUACAUUGAGGUUCACCGGCCGAAGAGCAGAUCGAAUUUUGCCAGACUCCUCAUGAAACUGACCGACCUUCGUACACUUACAUCGGAGCAUGCGGACAUGCUCUACGCUCUGAGGUUAGAAACGCCAGUCGAUCAGAGACCGUUGAAACACAGUGACCACCAUCACCAGUAUGCAGGGGCCAGUGUCCAUUCAGCCCGGUCGUCGGCACCCAAUUAUGCUUCCAAACAAAACGGCUGUGGCACUGGUACGGAAGCGACCCCGUCCAGCGCCAGCUAUCGCGUUCCUAACGUGCGCAUUAAAGUGGAACCACUAGACCAUUCACCGGCAGACCACGUGAUCAAGUCCGAGGAGGUAGCGACCGAAGGUUUCAAAAAAAGCUGUUUCUCAUCACCUUCAAGCAUUCCCACGGAACAGGACAUUCUUCAGCAAGCCGUCGCGACCGCGCUUGGAACCUUGAUGAAGUCUGAGGAGGACGCAAUAGCGAUGGAAUCGACGUGA